AUGGAGUACCUGCUAGUGUGGCUCGGCUUUUCGCUCGCCUUGGCGGAAUUCACACCCCUGUCUUCUGUGCGCUCCGAAGGUGCUUGUGUCUUCCAGGGCUCAUCAUUCUUGGAUAACACCAUUUGGAAGCCUGAUUCAUGUCAGGAUUGUCGUUGCCAUGGUGACAUUGUUGUUUGCAGGCCUGUUGUUUGCAAAAACCCUCAGUGUGACUUUGAGAAGGGAGAAGUGUUUCGAAUAGCUGCCAACCAGUGCUGCCCAGAAUGUGUCUUGAGAACCAAAGGAUUGUGCCACCAUGAAGGGAAGACCCAUGGGCAUGGGACAGAGUGGACAACUGCUCCAUGUACCAUCUGCUCUUGUAGUCAUGGAGAAGUUAGAUGCACCCCUAAGCCAUGCCCACACCUUUCAUGUGGGCCCCAAGAACUGGAAUCCAUCCCUGAAAAUGCCUGCUGUCCAAAAUGUGUGGGCCCUGGCAAACCCUGUUCCUUGGAUGGUCGUUUGCUUCUGGAUGGUGAGGAAUGGCAGCUGAACAAGUGUUCUAAAUGCACAUGCAGAAACGGGACUCCUCAGUGCUUCACUGUUCAAUGUCAGCCGCUGCUCUGUGGCCAGGAUGAAGAAGUAGUUCGCUUCCCUGGGAAAUGUUGUCCGCAGUGUCUUCCCAGAUCUUGCUCUUCAGCUGGGAAAAUCUACCAGCAUGGUGAGCAGUGGACUGAAAAUGCUUGUACUACAUGUGUAUGUGACAAAGGAGAGACCAGAUGCCAUAAACACGAGUGUCCUCCACUCACUUGUGAAAAGGGUCAGCACAAAGUACAUCAUCCCAAAGAGUGCUGUGACAAAUGCAUGUCAUCCACAGGAAACUGCUUGUCUGGUGGGAUUCUUAGGUAUCAUGAUGAAAUGUGGAAGAGCUCUCCUUGUGAAUUUUGCACAUGCAAACGAGGUCAGGUUACUUGCCACAUUGGAGAGUGUGCCACUGUGAAGUGUACCCAGGAUGAAGAAUUAAUUCACUUGGAGGGAAAAUGCUGUCCUGAGUGUGUUUCAAGACGUCAGCAUUGUCUUUAUGAAGAACAUAUAAAAUAUGAGGGAGAAAGGUGGAAUGAUGGUCCUUGCAAAAUGUGUGAAUGCCAAGAUGCCCAAGUAAUUUGUUAUCAACCCUCCUGCCUCCUUUGUCCAGUGGGUACCUUGGCAAUAGAAAUGAUGGGACAGUGCUGCCCAGCUUGCAAACCAGUCCCUUGCCACCCAGACUGCCUUACUUGUUCUGAGUCUCCAGACCACUGUGACCUCUGCCAAGAUCCUGCGAAGAAUCUGCAGAAUGGUCGUUGUGUGUAUAGCUGUGACCCAGGAUUCUUCCAGAGUGGUGGUCUUUGUUUAGCCUGCCAGCAGGAGUGUGCCACAUGUACCAAUGGCUUUGAAUGCUCCUCGUGCCAGCCAUCCCUGCUGAUGAAAGAAAGGCAAUGUGUGGCUGCCUGUGGGAGAGGAUUCUAUCAGGAUCAUCACCAGUGUUUAGGUUGCCAUAAGUCCUGUGCCACGUGCUGGGGGCCAACUGAGAAGAAUUGCUUGUCAUGCACAAAUCAGUUCCAAAUGCUCAGAGAAGGUUCUUGUGAGGGUGGCUGCAGACAGGAGGAGCUUUACAAUGAGAGUGGAAUCUGUGAUGCUUGUGACCCAUCCUGUGAGACCUGUGGUCCAGACAGUCCUCGCUGUCUGAUGUGUGCUAAGAAUACCGUCUGGCAUGAUGGCAGAUGCCUCUCAGCAUGCCCUCCCAGGCACUAUCCUGACACCACUGGCAGAUGUUCAGGUUGCCAUGUUUCAUGUGCCAGCUGUGAUGGCCCCUCAGCUUUCCACUGUACUGCCUGUCCUCAUUCUCGGGUGUUGCACCAAAACCAGUGUCUCUCCAACUGUGGACAGAGUUUUUAUUCUGAACAUGGUAUCUGCAAAGCUUGUCAUCCCUCAUGCCUGAAUUGUGUUGGUCCAGAACCUUCCAAUUGUACCCAGUGUAGGAAAGUAGAAGAAGGGGUGCAGCCUGGAGUGUUAUCUGGAGAAAUCCUAUCUGGUGUAUGUGUGUCCCAGUGCAAAGCCCAUUUUUACUUGGAGAAUACUGGACUCUGUGAAGCUUGCCAUGAUUCCUGUUUGGGGUGUCAAGGGAAGAACCUAGACAAUUGCACAUCCUGCAUACCUUCCCAAGUCCUCUUGGAUGGCCAUUGCUUUCCUAAAUGUCCAGAUGGAUUUUUCAACCUGGAGGGUAUCUGCUCUAUGUGCCAUCCCUCAUGCAGACAGUGCUAUGGUCCUACUGACUCCGAUUGCAUCAGUUGCCAUCCCUAUGCCCUUCUUGUGAGUGGAACCUGCAGGGCCAGCUGUAAAGAGGAACAGUACCUGAACCUUGUGGGCUAUUGUGUGGAUUGCCACCCCCUGUGCCAACAAUGUGUAGCUGACCUCCAUAACACUGGCAACAUCUGUCUCAGCUGUCAGAACGCCCUUUACUUGCUGCUAGGGGACCACUGUGUUCCCAGUUGCCCCAUGGGAUUCUAUGCAGAGAAUGGAGCUUGUAAACAGUGUCACUUAUCCUGCAAAACCUGUCAUGGUCCUGGACCCUUCUCCUGCUCCUCAUGUGAUGCCAACCUUGUCCUGUCACACAACGGCUUGUGCACCAGCACCUGCUUCCCAGGGCACUAUCUUGAUGAAAAUAAUGCAUGCCAACCAUGCAAUGUCCAGUGCUGGAGCUGUGAUUCUCCAUCAAGAUGUACCUCUUGCAGGGACCCAGCUAAGGUCCUUCUCUUCGGAGAAUGUCAGUACGAGAGCUGUGCCCAGCAGUACUACCUUGACUUGUCCACCAAGGCAUGCAAAGAAUGUGAUUGGAGCUGCAAUUCGUGCCAGGGUCCACUGAGUACAGACUGCCUUCAGUGCAUGGAUGGUUAUGUGCUCCAGAACAGCAUUUGUGUGGAACAGUGUUCUCUUUCCUAUUACAGGGACUUAGACCAUUGCAAGAGCUGUGAUGAUCAUUGUCUCCAGUGUCUGGGUCCCCACGAAUGCACUCACUGUGAAGUACCAUUUUUCCUUUUUGAAUCCCGGUGUAUCCAGAAAUGUGGCCAGCGAUAUUAUGCAGACAGCAGGACACAGAGAUGCACAGCUUGUCCCCCAGGGUGUUUGGAGUGUAGCCAUGAGGAACACUGCCAUCUCUGUGACUAUGGCAUGUCUCUCAAGAAUGGGCUUUGUGUUUCCAGCUGUGGUCCUGGCUUUUCUGGCUACCUCCAGAAUGGAACGUGUCAUGGUAGCUCCUAUAUUCAUAUCCUUCAGGCAAAUGCUUCCCUUGCAGUGGGAAUUGGCUCUGUGCGACCCCUGGAUUUCUCCUUGCUGAAUAGCCAUGAUUUAGAAGGCAGAGUCACAGACCUCCUAUUCCAUGUUGUCAGCAUCCCUACCAAUGGCCAUUUGGUGCUCCUGGUAAAUGGAAAAGAGGUCCCUUUGGGGGUCACUGACCAUUUUAAUUGGGAUGAUCUGAAAGAGAAGAGAGUACGUUUUUUGCACAGUAAAGACAAGCCCAGGAAAGGCCAUUUUUCCCUGAAAGUGAGUGACCAGCAAUUCUUCUCUGAACCACAACUAAUCAGUGUCCAAGCAUUUUCCACACAGGCCCCUUAUCUACUAAAGAAUGAAGCUCUUCAUAUUAAUAGAGGUGGAAGUGCUGCCAUCACCACCCAACUGCUGGACAUCCGAGAUGACGACAACCCACAAGGUGUGGUGGUGGAGGUGGUAAAUGCCCCCCAUUAUGGCCAGCUCCUCCAGCCUCUGCGUGACCCAGGUGCCCCUGUCCAUCAGUUCCGGUUGGAUGACCUGGCCAGAGGCCUUCUCUACUAUGCACAUGAUGGCUCAGCCAGUACUUCUGAUGCCAUUUUCCUGCAGGCCAGUGAUGGAUACUCCUUCCAAAAUAUACUGUUUAAAGUACAGAUCAUGCCUAAGCCAGGACUUGUUGACUUUCAACUGGAAUUAAACUCUCUCCAGAAGACAGGAAGAGAAAGCCAGUUAUCUACUCACCCAAGUUUCCUCCAAGAGACUGAAGGAGACCUUCAACUGGUGGCUAACUCAUUGGUGUGGGUCCCUGAAGGAGGAAUGCUGCCAAUCACCAACAGGAUCUUAAGGGCUGAAGUACUUGGUGCCAGUGACUCAGAAAUCAUCUACACAAUUUCUCAGGACCACCCAAGAUUUGGGGAGGUAGUUCUUUUGAUGAACAUGCCUGCAGGCAGUCCAGUGGAUGGGAAGCAUCACUUGCCUGAUGGAAGAAUGGCAACACCCACCAACACUUUCACACAGCAAGAUAUCAAUGAAGGCAUUGUGUGGUACAAGCAUUUGGGUUCCCAGGCACAAAGUGAUUCCUUCAACUUUCAGGUGUCCAGUGCAGCUGCCCCCCAGGCCCAUCUGGAGAACCAAGUAUUCAACAUUGCUGUCCUGCCCAAAACUCCUGAGCCUCUGAAGCUUUUCCUUGGAGCCAAUCUGCAUAUGACUGCUCAGGAGGAUCGACUGAAUGUAAUACAGCCUCGUCAUCUUUCUUUUGUUGAUUCCAAGAGUCCAAGUGGAAAGAUUGUGUACAAUAUCACUGCUCCUUUGCUUCCUAACCAAGGUAUCAUCGAACACCAAGACAGGCCUCAUUUCCCCAUUCAGCAUUUCACGCAGACAGAUGUUAACCAAGGAAAAAUUGUGUAUCGACCUCCCACUGCAGCACCCCAUCUCCAAGAGAUCACAGCAUUCUCCUUUGCUGGUCUUCCAGAAUCCGUGAACUUCUGCUUCACAGUUUCAGAUGGAGAGCACACAACAGAAGAAAUGAUGUUUACCAUCCACUUACUUCCCCUUCAUCAGCAACCCCCCCAGUUCCAGAUCACAGUUCCAUUUCUUGAGGUCAGCCGAGGAGGCCAAGCUAAUGUUGGGAUUCAUUUGGCAAUGAGCGACACCAACACUGCUCCUGAAGACCUUUCUUUUGAGCUAGUGAAGUCUCCCUUGCAUGGUGCACUUGUCAAGAAAACAGCUGACUUCCAAGGGCACAUGAAUACAGGAGACCCUUUCACCUAUAAAGACAUCACCCAGAAUGCACUCAAGUAUGUUCAUGAUGGCUCAUCAGCCACAGAAGACAGCAUGGAGAUCUCUGUCACGGAUGGCAUUGCCACAGCAACCACACUGGUGAAUGUGGAGGUGUCGUGGGCUGACCGCAGCGGUCCCCGGCUGGCCUCGGGUUCCUUGCUGACUGCCACUCUUCCCAGCAAAAGUUCCAUCACUCUCACCAGAUCACACUUGGCUUAUGUGGAUAAUUCUUCCCCUGACUCCAAGAUAUGGAUUCAUUUACUUUCUUUACCCAUGUAUGGGACUCUCACAAGAACAUCGGGGAUAGUGGUAGAAGAGCUCUCAGUGAUUUCUAACUUCACAAUGGAAGACAUCAACAACCAGAAAAUCAGGUACUCGAGUUUAUUUGAGACCGACAGUCAUCCAGUUGCUGAUAUUUUCCAUUUCUCUGUCUCUGAUGCUGACAACAACAAACUAAACAAUCAGAAAUUUACCAUCAUUAUCACACCUGUCCAGAAUCUGCCUCCUGUUUUCACUUUUGCUGACCUUAUCACGGUUGAUGAAGGAGGGAGAGCACCGCUCACAUUUCACCAUUUCCUGGCUGUGGAUCCUGGAAACCUCCAGAGAGAUGCAGAAGUAAAAAUAAGCACUUUGCCUACAUAUGGCUUCAUUGAGAAUACCAGGACAGGUAGCCGUUUUGGCCCCAGAGGCAGCAGUGACUUGGAGGCAUCCUUCCCCUUUCAGGAUAUUCUAGAAAACCACAUCUACUAUUUUCAGAGUGUUCAUGAGAGCAUUGAGCCAACCAGUGAUGUCUUCAGUUUCUAUGUGAGUGAUGGAUCUGGUCGUUCAGAGAUUUACAGCAUCAACGUCACCAUUGAGAAGAGAAAUGAUGAGUCUCCCAAGAUGAACAUCCAGCCCAUCAGGGUGCAGGAGCGCACAGGAGUGGUCAUCAGAAAUACAUCUUUGAGUCUGCAGGACCUGGACACUCCAGAUAAUGAACUGGUUUUUGUACUCACGAAAAAGCCUGACCAUGGUUAUCUCCAUAGAAGACAGCUUUCUUCAGAGCCUCUGCAGAAUGGCCGGAUCUUGUUCCAGGGCUCCUCCUUCACUUACCAGGAUAUCUUGGAUGGCUUGAUUGUAUACACCCCCGGUGGUCCUGGUGUGACUGUAGAUGAGUUCCGUUUUUCCCUCACAGAUGGUCUCUACACUGAGACAGGGAGGGUAGAGCUGUCCGUGGAGCUCCCCAAGAGUGAGCUUCCCCAACUAGCUGUGAACCGAGGCCUGCAGCUGUCAGCAGGUUCUGUAGCCCGGAUCACAGACCAGCAUUUAAAAGUGACAGGCACCAACCUGGAUGACCUAAAGGUUAUGUACGUCAUGAAGAAAGAUCCCAGUGUGGGGCGCUUACAAUUGGCGAGGAGUGACAAUCUGGAGCAAAUCUCUGUUAAGGGACCUGUCAAGAGUUUCACCCAAGAGGACAUCAGCCAAGGAUGGGUCGAAUACAGACAUGAGAAGGGAGAAUCUGGUGGCAGUUUUGCUUUUAAAUUUGACGUGGUCGAUGCUGAAGGCAACAAACUGACUGACCAGUCAUUCUCCAUCAGUGUCCUAGAAGACAGAUUCCCUCCCACCAUCAUAGUUAACAAAGGACUGAUCUUGGAUGAAAACUCAGUGAAGAAAAUCACAACUCUGCAGCUGUCAGCCACUGACCAGGACAGUGAGCCUGGGGACUUAACCUACAGGAUCACGAAGCAGCCCCAGCUAGGAUACUUGGAACAUGCAGCAUCACCAGGCAUCCAGAUUAGCUCCUUCACUCAAGCUGACCUUACUGCUCAAAGUGUCCAGUACAUCCACACAAGUGAGGUGGAAAAACACAGUGAUGCCUUUACUUUCACAAUCUCUGAUGGAACCAACCUCGUAAGUCAAACCUUUCACAUCACUAUCAACCCUGUGGAUGACUCAUUACCCAUUGUCCAAAACACAGGAAUUCGAGUACAGGAAGGAGUGAGGAAAACAAUCACAGAGUUUGAGCUUAAAGCUGUUGAUGCUGACACAGAGGCAGAAUCUGUGACAUUUACUAUAGUUCAGCCACCACGACAUGGCACUAUUGAGCGCACCAGCAAUGGGCAACACUAUCGCCAGACCUCCACAUUCACCAUGGAAGAUAUCUACCAGAACAAAGUCAGCUACAGCCAUGAUGGCAGUAACUCCCUCAAAGACCGUUUUACCUUCACUGUUUCUGAUGGGACAAACCCCUUCUUCAUUGUUGAGGAAGGAGGGAAAGAGAUUGUGACAGCAGCGCCCCAGCGGUUUAGAGUGGACAUCCUUCCAGUGGAUGAUGGGACUCCAAGAAUUGUCACCAACUUGGGCUUGCAGUGGCUGGAGUAUAUGGAUGGACAGGCAACCAACUUGAUCAGCAAGAAGGAACUACUGACCACAGACCCAGAUACAGAAGCCAAACACCUUGUGUACGAGAUAACAACUGGGCCCAGAAAUGGCUACGUGGAAAACAAGCUUCACCCUGGCCAAGCUACCACAGUUUUUACCCAGGAGGAGGUGAACUUGGGUUUGAUACGUUAUGUAUUAGAUGAAGAGAAGAUCCACGAGAUGAUGGACAGCUUUCAAUUCCUAGUGAAAGACAGCAAACCCAAUGUGGUCAGUGACAAUGUCUUCCAUAUCCAGUGGUCUCUGAUCAGCUUUAAACAUACAAGUUACAACGUCAGUGAGAAGGCUGGCUCUGUCAGUGUCACCGUGAAGAGAACCGGGAACCUCAACCAAUAUGCCAUCGUCCUGUGUCGCACUGAGCAGGGGACAGCCAUCUCCAGUUCCAACUUGGGCUCUAAGCACAGACACCAAGACUAUGUGGAAUACGCAGGCCAGGUACAGUUUGAUGAACGAGAAGAUACAAAAUCCUGCACCAUUGUCAUUAAUGAUGAUGACAUAUUCGAGAACAUCGAAAGCUUCACUGUGGAGCUCAGUAUGCCAGCUUAUGCCUUGCUGGGGGAAUUCACCCAGGCCAAGGUCAUCAUCAAUGACACUGAGGAUGAACCUACAUUACAGUUUGAUAAGAAGAUCUACCAUGUCAAUGAGAGUGCUGGAUUCCUGUUUGCACCCAUCGAAAGAAAAGGAGACUCCAGCAGUAUGAUAUCUGCCAUUUGCUACACCAUUCCUAAAUCAGCCAGGGGAAGCAGUCUCUAUGCUCUAGAAUCAGGAUCUGAUUUUAAAUCAAGGGGAAUGUCACCUGAAAAUCGUGUGCUAUUUGGACCCGGCGUCACCACGUCCACCUGCGAUGUCAUGCUGAUCGAUGACAGCGAAUAUGAGGAAGAAGAGGAGUUUGAGAUUGCCCUGGCAGGUGCUUCUGACAACGCUCGCAUUGGGAGUGUGGCUUCAGCCAAGGUGCUCAUUGGCGGCCCCAAUGACGCCUCCACAGUGUCCCUGGGCAGCACCACGUAUACUGUCAGUGAAGACGCAGGCACAGUGGAGAUCCCUGUCAUCCGGCAUGGUACUGAUCUUUCUACUUUUACGUCAGUGUGGUGUGCAACUCGUCCUUCUGACCCACCCUCUGCUACUCCAGGAGUUGACUAUAUUCCUAGUUCUAAAAAGGUGGAAUUUCGGCCUGGGGACACGGAACAGCACUGCACACUGGUCAUCUUGGACGAUACUCAGUAUCCUGCGAUAGAGGGAUUGGAAACAUUUGUGGUUUUCUUGAGCUCAGCACAAGGGGCAGAGAUGACCAAACCUUUCCAAGCCAUCAUCGCCAUCAAUGACACAUUUCAGGAUGUGCCCAGCAUGCAGUUUGGGAAGGAUUUGUACCUCGUGAAGGAAAAAGAUGGCAUCCUACACAUUCCCAUCAUUCGAAGUGGGGACCUGAGCUAUGAGUCCUCAGUGAGGUGUUAUAGCCAAAGCCAGACAGCCCAAGUCAUGGAGGACUUUGAGGAGAGAAGGAAUUCCGAUGAUUCACGUAUCACCUUUCUGAAAGGGGAGAAGGUGAAGAACUGCACCAUCUAUAUCAAUGAUGACUCCAUUUUCGAACCAGAGGAACAGUUCAGGAUCUACCUUGGCCAUCCUCUUGGAAACCACUGGAGUGGAGCAAGAAUUGGGAAGAGCAACAUGGCCACCAUCACCAUAUCCAAUGAUGAAGAUGGUGUGGACCACAUCCUUUUUAAAGUUGAGAUUCUGUCCAAUGAAGAUCGAGAAUGGCAUGAAUCCUUCUCCCUGGUCCUCGGUCCUGAUGAUCCUGUGGAAGCAGUCCUUGGAGAUGUGACCACUGCAACAGUGACCAUCCUGGACCAGGAGGCUGCAGGGAGUCUCAUAUUGCCAGCACCACCCAUUGUGGUCAUGCUCGCCGACUAUGACCACUUGGAGGAAGUGACCAAGGAAGGGGUCAGAAAGUCUCCCUCCCCGGGCUACCCGCUGGUCUGCGUCACUCCUUGUGACCCUCACUUCCCCAAGUACUCCGUUAUGAAGGAGCGCUGCCUCGAGGCAGGCAUCAAUCAGAGCUCCGUGCGCUUUAGCUGGGAAGUCGCGACGCCCACGGAUGGCAACGGGGCACGAUCUCCCUUUGAGACCAUCACUGACAACACACCCUUCACCAGCGUCAACCACAUGGUACUGGAUAGCAUCUAUUUCAGCCGGCGGUUCCAUGUGCGAUGUGUGGCAAAGGCUAUGGACAAAGCGGGGCACUUGGGGACCCCCCUGCGAAGUAAUAUUGUUAUCAUUGGGACAGACAGUGCUAUCUGUCACACGCCUGUUGUGGCUGGGACCGCCAGAGGCUUCCAGGCUCAGUCCUUCAUUGCUACCUUGAAAUACCUUGAUGUCAAACACAAGGAACAUCCUAACAGAAUUCACAUCUCAGUACAGAUCCCACACCAGGAUGGUAUGCUGCCUCUUAUCUCAACAAUGCCAUUACACAAUGUGCAUUUUCUUUUAUCGGAGUCCAUCUACAGACAUCAGCAUGUCUGCUCCAAUCUCAUCACUGUAGGAGAUCUGAAAGGUAUCUCAGAAGCAGGAUUCUUGGAUGAAGUCAUCUAUGACAACAUUGCCCUGGGCCCGGGCUAUGACCGUCCUUACCAGUUUGAUCCCACCGUGAGGGAGGCCAAGACCAUCCAGCUUUAUAAACAUUUGAAUCUGAAAAGCUGCACUUGGACGUUUGAUGCUUAUUAUGACAUGACUGAAUUAAUUGAUGUCUGUGGGGGAUCCGUAACUGCCGACUUCCAGGUGAGAGACUCUGCUCAGUCAUUCCUGACAGUCCAUGUUCCCCUCUAUGUGUCCUACAUCUACGUGACAGCCCCCAGGGGCUGGGCCUCCCUUGACCACCACACAGAGAUGGAGUUCUCUUUCUUCUAUGACACUGUUCUCUGGAGAACAGGAAUUCAGACAGAAAGUGUGCUCUCAGCAAGACUUCAAAUAAUAAGGAUCUACAUUCGAGAAGAUGGUCGUCUGGUCAUUGAAUUCAAAACCCACGCCAAAUUCAGAGGAUACUUUGUCAUGGAACACCACACUCUCCCAGAUGUGAAGUCUUUCAUAAUGACUCCAGACCACCUUGGAGGAAUUGAGUUUGAUCUACAACUUCUGUGGAGUGCCCAGACUUUUGAUUCACCAUAUCAGCUUUGGAGAGCAACGAGUUCUUACAACAGGAAGGACUACUCAGGGGAGUACACAAUCUAUUUAAUCCCUUGUACCGUGCAGCCCACACAGCCUUGGAUUGACCUCAGAGACAAGCCACUGCCCUGCACAGCCCAUGCUCCAGAAAGAUUUUUGAUACCUAUUGCAUUCCAGCAGACUAACCGCCCAGUGCCAGUUGUCUAUUCACUCAACACUGAAUUUCAGCUAUGCAACAAUGAAAAAGUGUUUCUGAUGGACCCAAGCACCUCUGACAUGUCGCUGGCAGAAAUGGAUUACAAAGGGGCUUUUUCAAAGGGUCAGAUCCUCUAUGGCCGUGUACUUUGGAAUCCUGAGCAGAACCUGAACUCGGCUUACAAAUUGCAGCUGGAAAAAGUCUACCUCUGUACUGGCAAAGAUGGCUAUGUGCCUUUCUUUGACCCCACUGGGACAAUAUACAAUGAAGGGCCACAAUAUGGAUGUAUUCAACCUAAUAAGCACUUAAAGCACAGAUUCCUGUUGCUGGAUCGAAGCCAGCCAGAAGUCAUUGAUAAAUACUUCCAUGAUGUGCCUUUUGAUGCCCACUUUGCUUCUGAUUUAUCUGAUUUCCAUGUGGUCAGUAACAUGCCAGGUGUGGAUGGAUUUACUCUGAAAGUAGAUGCACUUUAUAAGGUGGAAGCAGGACACCAGUGGUACCUCCAAGUGAUCUAUAUCAUUGGCCCUGACACCAUCUCUGGGCCACGAGUGCAGCGUUCUCUCACAUCUCAUGUGAGGCGCAGCCGCAGAGACUUCGUGGACCACACAGGCCGACUGACCCUUGACGAUUCCCUCAUCUAUGACAAUGAAGGGGACCAAAUCAAGAAUGGCACCAACAUGAAGUCAUUGAACCUGGAGAUGCAGGAAUCAGUUGUGGCUGCUUCUUUGUCCCAGACUGGAGCAUCGAUCGGGAGUGCUCUGGCUGCUGUCAUGUUACUCCUGUUAGUGCUCUUGGUGGCUUAUUUCAUCACCAGAAAAUGCCAAAAACAAAACAAGAAGAGAGCUACAGAGGACAUAUUGGAGGAAUACCCUCUGAACACCAAGAUAGACAUACCCAAGAGAAAUCCAGACAGGCUGGAGAAGAACAUGAAUAGACAGUAUUGUACUGUGCGAAACAUCAAUCUGUUGAAUGAGAAUGAGGGGCCCUACAAAUUCAAAGGUGCUACAGUCAAAAGGGUGAACCUGGAAGUCAAAGUUCAUAACAAUUUACAAGAUGGAACUGAAGUUUGAUGGCAGUGACCCAUCUGUAUUUUUUCUAAAAGUCUUUUUAUAAAUGGUAAAUAAUAAUAAAAAGGUUGCUGGUAUUUUUAUAAUC